AUUGGAAAAAUGAAACGGAGGAAGCAAGACGAAGGGCAGGUAUGUCCCCUCUGCAGCCGACCUCUGUCAGGAUCCGAGGAGGAGAUGAGUAGGCAUGUGGAACAAUGCCUUGCAAAGAGAGAAGGUUCGUGCAUGACUGAGGAUGACUCUGUGGACAUCGAGAACGAGAACGGCAACCGCUUCGAAGAGUAUGAAUGGUGUGGGCAGAAGAGGAUACGGGCUACUACUCUCCUGGAGGGAGGAUUUCGAGGUUCUGGGUUUAUUAUGUGCAGUGGCAAGGAGAAUCCAGACAGUGACGCUGACCUGGAUGUGGAUGGAGACGACACACUUGAAUACGGGAAAGCACAGUACACAGAGGCAGACGUUAUCCCUUGCACUGGGGAAGAGCCAGGUGAAGCCAAAGAGAGGGAGGCGCUCCGAGGUGCUGUUUUAAAUGGUGGCACACCCAGUACCCGAAUAACACCGGAGUUUUCUAAAUGGGCCAGUGACGAAAUGCCCUCAACGAGUAAUGGUGAAAGCAGUAAACAGGAGACCAUGCAGAAGACCUGUAAGAACAGUGACAUUGAAAAAAUUACAGAAGACUCGGCAGUGACAACAUUUGAGGCGUUAAAGGCUCGUGUCCGUGAGUUAGAAAGGCAGCUUUCCCGUGGGGACCGCUAUAAAUGUCUCAUUUGCAUGGACUCCUACACAAUGCCCCUGACUUCCAUUCAGUGCUGGCAUGUGCACUGUGAAGAAUGCUGGCUGCGGACUCUGGGUGCCAAGAAGCUCUGUCCCCAGUGCAACACCAUCACGUCUCCUGGAGACCUUCGGCGCAUCUACUUAUGAAGGACCCAGCGGGAGGGCAGGACCUAGCUACUCAGCUCAGCUCAUCACAACAAGGGGGAGAAGAACGACAGCAACAAAAAAAAGACGUUUUAAAAUUCAAAGAAGGUUAAAAACUAACAAACAAAGCAGAGACUCCAGAUACGGACUUGAGGAUACAGGAGCAGUGGGGAGCCUCGGCUCCCUGGGCCCGCAUGUUGAGACCUCCUUCAGCACCUGCAGCGGGCAAAACCAAACCCUUUGUUGUGAAGCCCCCUUUUUUAAGUACCAGUAUUUCCCAUCACCCGUUCCCUGGAGCUGGCUUUGCAUCGCGGAUGGCUCGCGAGCCCUCCUUUGGACUGUGUUGUUGACCACUCUGCCCCCAGGAGACCUGGGGACAAGGGACCCUUGACAGAAAGAUGUUAAAUAACCUGUAACUUGUGUUCUUCGUUCAGUUUUGUUCUGUUUUAUUUGUUUCGGUUUGGUUUUUGGUUUGGUUCCAUUUUGGUUUUUUGUGGUGUUCUAGUGAUAAAAAAAAAAAAAAGGUUUAAAGGAAAAAAAAA